AUGGCCUCACGGGCGCCCUCCUUCGCCUCCAAAGUCCUGCGCCAGCUUCCAAAGCAACCGCAGCGCUCCUCACCAUUCCUGCGCGCUCCUUUCAUUCGUCCUGCCACUACAAACCUCCAGUCUUUCCGCGCUGCGCAUAACAUUCCACGACCACCUACCCAAACGUACGCCAGACCGAACCCUGAGCAGGCGCAAACUGGCGAGACGCCCAAAAGCGAAGGAGAAAGGCCCGAGAUCAAGGCGUCGCACUACCAAUUAUCAUUUACGUGCAUUCCAUGCGGCCAUCGCUCUCACCACAAUGUCUCUAAGCAGGGCUACCAUUAUGGCUCUACGCUCAUCACAUGUCCCGAGUGCAGGAACAGACAUGUCAUCAGCGACCACUUGAACAUCUUUGGUGAUAGGAAAGUCACUAUCGAAGACCUUAUGAGGGAAAAGGGUCGUCUUGUGAAGAGGGGAAGUUUAGGCGAGGACGGCGAUAUUGAGUUUUGGCCAGAGGAAUCUCUUCCCGCAGACAUUCAAGCUGGUAAAAGCGAGAGCUCAUGA